UUAUCAUUGGCGUGUUGAAAUGCAUGAUUUAAUACAAGAAAUGGGUUUGCAAAUUGUUCGUGAAGAAUCUAUUGAUGAACUUGGAGCACGCAGCCGAUUGUCGGAUUUUGGGGAAAUAUGUGAUGUCUUAGCUAAUAAUGCGGGAACAAACAAAGUUGAAGGAAUACAAUUAGAUGUUACUCAAAUUAGAGACCUACAUUUGGAGGCUGACAUUUUCAAAAAGAUGCAUAAUAUACGAUUUCUGAAAUUUUAUUCUCGUUUCGACUGCGACUCAAGUCAUGUGCACCUUCCAGAUGGUCUCAAAUUUCUUCCCAAUAAAAUAAGGUAUCUAGAGUGGUAUGGAUUCCCACUUAAAUCUCUGCCAUCCACCUUUUGUCCUGAAAAGAUUGUUAAGCUUUUCAUGCCAAAUAGCCGUCUUCAAAAGCUUUGGGACGGGGUGCAGGAUUUUUCGAAUUUAGAAAAGAUAAACCUCUCAGGAUCCAAACAACUAAAGGAGUUGCCGGAUCUCUCUAAAAGCUUGAAUCUCAAAGAUUUAAAACUCGCUAGUUGUGAAAGUUUGUGUGAUGUUCAUUCAUCAAUUUGGUCUCUCCCCUCGCUUUAUUCGUUGAUGUUGAGUGGGUGCAAGAAACUUAAGAGUUUAAAAAGUGAGUUCCCUUUGAAAUCUCCAAAAUGGAUUGAUGUGUCAGACUGCUCAGAUCUCAUUGAACUUCCAGUGUUAUCGGAAGAAAACACACGCUUAGCACUAUGUGAGACAUCAUUCUGUAAAUCGCGCCGCGAGUUGGAAAGGGAAUUAACAAUAUUCAAUUUAGAUGGCUCAACACUUGUGGGCUUUCCACGCCAAUUAUCUUGGUUGAGAAGUUUGACGGAUCUUGCGCUUUUUGAGUGUGGAGUCAUUGAUGAUUUGAAGCUACAUUUCUUAUUUGAUCGCAUGUUGUCUUUGACGGAAGUAUGGUUAUGUGGUUGUUGUAACAUAACCGAACUUCCCAACAACACCAAACAUCUUUUAAGAUUGGAAAGGCUUCGCUUAUCGUGUUGCAAUAGGCUGCGUUCUUUACUGGAACUACCACCAUCCGUAACAACCAUAAAAGUCAUAGAUUGCAAGUGGUUGGAGACUGUGCCAGCUUUUGAACCAUUGAAUGGCGGCCAGAUAGACUUGGCAUUUUGGAGAUGCAAGCGAUUGAAUGAAGAAUCAUGUCACAAUAUCAUGGGGGCUGUCUAUUACGCAAUUUGUCAUGCAUUGCCUGAAAAUAAGAACCACAUGCACUCUUAUAAGAUACAAGUCGAAGGAAGCAGAGUACCACAAUGGUUCAAAUACAGAGCAGCAAAAAGCACUGUAACUGUUGAGCUCCCUCGAAUUUCGGACUUGCUGGAUUUCUCCUUCUGCAUGGCCUUUUACGACGACGUUGAACAUGGAUAUUCAGGUGGCUGCUUUCAAUUGAAAUGGGCAUGCUACUUGGAUGGUUCUCAGGUGGAUGGGAAGUCAUUUCUCCAUUCUGAUCCAGAGAUGGGAUCCGAUCAAGUUUGGAUAUGGAAUGAUACCAAGAUGUGUAGAGAAGUAAUGCAGGGAAUUAGAAGAGGAGGAAAUCAACAGUUGUUCACUGACACAAAGCUUUCCUUUGAAUUCACUGUUGAGGAGUUUUACCGCGGGCAGACAUUGGGCAUUAGAGAAUGUGGGGCGUGGCCAGUUUAUGGCUCAGAAUGUGAGAAAUUCUUUCGGCACAAGGAAAGGGAGAAGAAUAAGAAGAGGGCUCGGGAUGCUGACGAGCAGAUGCCACUUGCUGAGCCCAAUAGAACUAAGUUUGAAGUGGGUCCUCAUAUUCCUGAGCUGAACGCUCUGCUCAUGACAAUGCACAUAACCUGAACUCCCUUCUCGGUAUGUUUUGUCUCAUUGUUCUGUCCCUUCAAUAGGUUCCCAUUUCUGCAUUUCUCUCAAGAGUCAAGUGAGAUUAUUCUCGAUUUAUCUGUUGAAGAGCAAAUGCCACUUGUUGAGCCCAAGACAAGUCAGGUUUGAAGUGAGACCUCAUGUUAUGUUUUUGUCUUAUUGUUUUGCCCAUUUAUUCUCCAUUUAUCUCUUGAGCUUGGCAUGGCAUGAAAGCAAGGGAAUACUUCUUAGAUAAAUGAAAUCUAAGUCCCCCGCCCCGCCCCCGCCCCAAACCACAUAUUUCUGUCUAAUUUAAAUAUUUUUUAUCUAAAUAAAUUACUACUUUGACUCAAAAAAAGAUAUCCCGUCAAUCAUUUAAUCCGCACAAAAAAUUAUUAAUAUCAAACCAAUUUUAAUGUGCUUGUGUGCGCGCAUUUGGCAAAAAAUGACAGUUUCCUCCUUUGCUAAUAUAAUAUGCAAGACAUGUUAAAUAAAAAAAUGGAUUAAAGGAUAAAAAUGCCUAAAAACAUAUUUUUAGGAGCACCUAGAAUCCUUAAAUGAAAGAGAGUGUAAAAAUAUCCUUAAUAUUGAUGAAGCGGUCCAAAAGUGUCCAAAUAAUUAAAUUUGAUUAUUUGACCAUUGAAAAAAGAA